AUGGUUGACACAGAAAUGCCGUUUUGGCCCCUGAAUUUUGGAAUCAGCCCCGUGGAUCUGUCAGCCAUGGACGAUCACACACAUUCCUUUGACAUCAAGCCCUUCACCACCGUUGACUUCUCCAGCAUUUCCUCCCCACACUACGAAGAUCUUCCCCUUGCCAGAGCUGACCAGUCAGGCCUGGAUUAUAAAUAUGAUAUCAAGCUCCAGGAUUGCCAAAGUGCCAUCAAGCUGGAGCCUCCUUCCCCGCCCUAUUUCUCAGAGAAGGUUCAGCUGUACAACAAACCUCACGAGGAGGCGUCCAACUCGCUGAUGGCCAUCGAGUGCCGCGUGUGCGGGGACAAAGCCUCCGGCUUCCACUACGGCGUGCACGCCUGCGAGGGCUGCAAGGGCUUUUUCCGAAGGACAAUCAGGUUAAAGCUGAUUUACGACAGGUGCGAUCUGAACUGCCGCAUCCAUAAGAAGAGCAGGAAUAAAUGUCAGUACUGCAGGUUCCAGAAGUGCCUGGCUGUUGGGAUGUCACACAAUGCCAUCAGGUUCGGGCGCAUGCCCCAGGCGGAGAAGGAGAAGCUGCUGGCGGAGAUCUCCAGCGACAUCGACCAGCUGAACCCCGAAUCCGCCGACCUGCGCGCGCUGGCCAAGCACCUCUACGACUCCUACAUCAAGUCCUUCCCUCUGACCAAAGCCAAGGCGAGGGCCAUCCUGACAGGAAAGACGACAGACAAAUCACCCUUCGUUAUUUAUGACAUGAACUCUUUAAUGAUGGGAGAAGACCAGAUCAAGUGCAAGCACGUGUCCCCGCUGCAGGAGGAGAACAAGGAGGUGGCCAUCCGCAUCUUCCAGCGCUGCCAGUUCCGCUCCGUGGAGGCCGUGCAGGAGAUCACCGAGUUCGCCAAGAACAUCCCGGGGUUUGUCAGCCUCGACCUCAACGACCAAGUGACUCUGCUGAAAUACGGGGUCCAUGAGAUCAUUUACACCCUGCUGGCCUCUCUGAUGAAUAAAGAUGGGGUUCUCAUAUCCGACGGACAAGGGUUCAUGACGCGGGAGUUCCUGAAGAGCCUGAGGAAACCUUUUUGUGACUUUAUGGAGCCCAAGUUUGAGUUUGCUGUGAAGUUCAAUGCACUGGAAUUAGAUGACAGUGACCUGGCAAUAUUUAUAGCUGUCAUUAUCCUAAGUGGAGACCGCCCGGGGUUGCUAAAUGUGAAGCCCAUUGAAGACAUUCAGGACAACCUUUUGCAAGCCCUGGAGCUGCAGCUGAAGCUGAACCACCCCGAGUCCUCGCAGCUGUUUGCAAAGCUGCUGCAGAAAAUGACGGACCUCAGGCAGAUCGUCACGGAGCACGUGCAGCUCCUGCAGGUCAUCAAGAAAACCGAGACGGACAUGAGCCUCCAUCCUCUGCUACAAGAGAUCUACAAGGACUUGUAUUAAUGAGCAGAGCAGUUGUUAAUCCCCUGACAUGAUGUAUGUUCUUCAGAUUGCACUAUUUCUUUGAGGGAAAAACUUGGCGUACCUAAGAGAUUACUGUGAAACAGCAUUUAAAAAGAGAGAGCUUAGUAUAGUAGAUCUAUUUUAUGCAUAUUGUUUAUAAAGACACAUUUACGAUUUACUUUUAAUAUUAAAAGUAUCUAUAUCAUAAAAUUGU